UGGGCGGGCUUGGGCGCCAGAGGCGGAGUCGGGGAGGCGGUGGCUCCAGAGAUGGCAGUGAGCGAGAGGAGGGGGCUCGGUCGCGGGAGCCCCGCGGAGUGGGGGCAGCGGCUACUUCUGCUGCUGCUGUUGGGUGGCUGCUCCGGGCGCAUCCACCGGCUGGCGCUGACGGGGGAGAAGCGAGCGGACAUCCAGCUGAACAGCUUCGGUUUCUACACCAAUGGCUCCCUGGAGGUGGAGUUGAGCCUCCUGCGGCUGGGCCUCCGGGAGGCAGAAGAGAAGUCCCUGCUGGUGGGGUUCAGUCUCAGCCGGGUUCGAUCUGGCAGAGUUCGCACCUAUUCAACCCGGGAUUUCCAGGACUGCCCUCUCCAGAAAAACAGUAGCAGUUUCCUGGUCCUGUUCCUCAUCAACACCAAGGAUCUGCAGGUCCAGGUGCGGAAGUAUGGAGAGCAGAAGACGUUGUUUAUCUUUCCCGGGCUCCUCCCGGAAGCACCCUCCAAACCAGGGCUCCCGAAGCCACAGGCCACAGUCCCCCGCAAGGUGGAUGGCGGAGGGACCUCUGCAGCCAGCAAGCCCAAGUCAACACCCGCAGUGAUUCAGGGUCCUAGCGGGAAGGACAAGGACCUGGUGUUGGGCCUGAGCCACCUCAACAACUCCUACAACUUCAGUUUCCAUGUGGUGAUCGGCUCUCAGGCAGAAGAAGGCCAGUACAGCCUGAACUUCCACAACUGCAACAAUUCAGUGCCGGGAAAGGAGCAUCCAUUCGACAUCACAGUGAUGAUCCGGGAGAAGAACCCCGAUGGCUUCCUGUCGGCGGCGGAGAUGCCCCUUUUCAAGCUCUACAUGGUCAUGUCCGCCUGCUUCCUGGCCGCCGGCAUCUUCUGGGUGUCCAUCCUCUGCAGGAACACGUACAGCGUGUUCAAGAUCCACUGGCUCAUGGCGGGCUUGGCCUUCACCAAGAGCAUCUCUCUCCUCUUCCACAGCAUCAACUACUACUUCAUCAACAGCCAGGGCCACCCCAUCGAAGGCCUUGCCAUCAUGUACUACAUCGCACACCUGCUGAAGGGCGCCCUCCUCUUCAUCACCAUCGCCCUGAUCGGCUCAGGCUGGGCCUUCAUCAAGUACGUCCUGUCGGAUAAGGAGAAGAAGGUCUUUGGGAUCGUGAUCCCCAUGCAGGUCCUGGCCAACGUGGCCUACAUCGUCAUCGAGUCCCGCGAGGAGGGCGCCAGCGACUACGUGCUGUGGAAGGAGAUUUUGUUCCUGGUGGACCUCAUCUGCUGCGGCGCCAUCCUGUUCCCUGUAGUCUGUGGCGGUGAACCUGGCCAAGCUGAAGCUGUUCCGGCAUUACUAUGUCAUGGUCAUCUGCUACAUCUACUUCACCCGCAUCAUCGCCAUCCUGCUGCAGGUGGCUGUGCCCUUUCAGUGGCAGUGGCUGUACCAGCUCUUGGUGGAGGGCUCCACCCUAGCCUUCUUCGUGCUCACGGGCUACAAGUUCCAGCCCACAGGGAACAACCCGUACCUGCAGCUGCCCCAGGAGGACGAGGAGGAUGUUCAGAUGGAGCAAGUAAUGACGGACUCUGGGUUCCGGGAAGGCCUCUCCAAAGUCAACAAAACAGCCAGCGGGCGGGAACUGUUAUGAUCACCUCCACAUCUCAGACCAAAGGGUCCUCCUCCCCCAGCAUUUCUCACUCCUGCCCUUCUUCCACAGCGUAUGUGGGGAGGUGGAGGGGGUCCAUGUGGACCAGGCGCCCAGCUCCCCGGGACCCCGGUUCCCGGACAAGUCCAUUUAGAAGAAGAGUCCCUUCCUCCCCCCAAAUAUUGGGCAGCUCUGUCCUUACCCGGGGACCACCCCUCCCUCCCAGCUAUGUGUACAAUAAUGACCAAACUGUUUGGCUACGCCGGUGUCUUGCCUUUUUGGGGGUUGGGGUCUACACGGAGGUUGUGUUUACAAUGUAGAAACCUGUUUUCGCUGUGUGUGGCGGGGG